AUGCCUUCAUUUGACACGGAGGUCAUCGGUGCCCGCAAAGAAAUGGUGGAAUGCGAACUCGUUGGUGAGGGCAUGGCAGAUCUUGUUGGUAUUGGAAUAAUGGUAGGCUUCGUUGGACAAGCUCUUCUGUCUCUACUCCUCUCGAUAUGGGUCUUCUUCCUGUCCAGGCACAGCAACCUAGACACACGGUAUGCCAAGGGCACUCUAGAGCACAAGAUUGAGCGUAAGAGGCUCGGGUUCGCUUCCGACAUUCUCAUGAUUGGAAAUGACAUACAAAUGGUCCUUGGGGCCUCGUACAUGAUUAGCGUCUUUGUGAUCGUGGACCGCCUAGACUUGUACCACUUACAUUUGGUGUUUGACAUUGUCAGCUUUGUCGGGGUCUCCAACGCCGCAGCCAUGGUAUGCUGGACAUUUUGCAAGGCCAAACUCGACGACGGCACCGAUAAACCCCGGAGCAGCGCUCACAUCAGUCCCGGCAUCGCAUACUUCACGCCGCGCCAUCGAGCAACCUACGGCUUUGCCGUCAUGUUUCUCGCGUUAACCGUCCUUCUCUGCGUCCAGUUAAGCGAGUGGGCGCCAAACCAGGAACCCGGGCGCUGCUACCACGCCCAGCUCAUAACUCUUACCCAUGCCAACCAUCCCGCAGCCGAUAUCACAUAUGUGGUCGUCACCGCCGUGUGGAUGAUCUUCGCCAUGGCCAGUGCGAUUCUGCUCAACGCCCAUCGCCGAAAAUGGGUCCUCUUGUCGUCGUUUCUGCAGUUUCCGCUACACUUGUACAUGGCGCUGGCUCUGCGGAGCGCCAACCAGGGCAAGUUGGAGGGCGAGGAGUCGGAUGAAAACGGGUGGGACUUUGGGCAAACCACUGCUGUGGUGCUCUUGGCGCUGGCUCUGGGGGAGUUGUACCGCAAGGGACGUGAGUAUAUCCAGUUUGAACGGUUGGCCAGACGUAAUGGUAUCAAAGGGGGGAGUGUGAGUGUUGAGAGGCCAACGUCGCGAGACAUGGAGCUUGAAGAGUUGAGGCAUCACAGUUAUGAUGAAAGUGUUCAUGAGGAGCGGAGAUAUCUGAAUCCGGGGGCAAAAUAA